AUGAUAGAUAUUAUCAUCUGGGCCAUUUCCAGUAUCCUUCGCUGGAUGCGGUUGAAGGUCUACCAAUAUGAAGUGACCUUUUCCCUUUACAUGCUUACACCGAUUGAGAAGUUCAUCUUCAACACCCUGCUCCUUGGCCUCUUCUCCAUGAUCGCAAUGGGAACCUACAUCUACCUCCCCGACCACCUCCGCGCCAUCGGCGGCCGUCUCUACUACUACUGGGCUGGCGAGCGCUUGUUCAGCUCCAGCCGGUUGUCGAUCAGCUCGGUCUUCGGCGAGAACGGGGUCGCCACACAGAUUGGCGGUAUGGUGUAUGAGACGGCGAAGCAGUCCGCUACUACCACUACCGUACGCAUGGCUGAACUGUGA